AUGCCGGUGGUACAGUCACAGCAAAAUAACGAAAACGAGAGCGUUGACCAACAGCACCAAGAGCUCGCAUCCGUUGCCAGUUCAACCGAAUCAUUUCACGGAUUUGACGAGUGGGAAGCAAGAAUGGAUGAAUUAUCGAAGAAAGAAUAUGAGAAGGCAAUUCGGCAGCGCAAUCAAGUGAAAAUGAAGUUAGUGAGGAUUAAACGCACACUGGUCAGCAAUCAAUCCAUUGGUUUAGCGCAACUUAAUGUGCUUUCCAAGGGCCUGUCGUCUACAUAUACCGAAUACAGCCAACUUCACACUAAAAUAGUGGGACUGGUACCGGAUGAAGCACUCGAGGAACAAGAACUAGAGUACGCGGAUUACGAAAAUCUACACUAUGGUGUAUCCAAUGUGAUCGAAGAGCUAAUAUUGGCGGCAAAAGCUGCUGACAUCCCGCUUCCUCCAGACAGUCCUACCGCUCCACAAGUGGUCAUUCAACAACAGCCCUUAAAAGCACCGAUUCCAACGUUCGAUGGAAAUUACGCCGCAUGGCCCAAGUUUAAGGCCAUAUUCCAAGAUCUGAUGGCUAAUUCGGGGGAUAGUGAUGCUAUCAAACUCUAUCACCUCGAUAAAGCGCUGCUAGGUGAAGCAGCUGGCGUGCUGGAUACCAAGGUUCUAAGUGAGGGUGACUACGACCACGCUUGGGAUAUUUUGACGGACCGCUACGAGAACCAACGAGUUAUCGUGGAAUCCCAUAUCUGUGGUUUGUUGACACUGAAGAAGAUGACAGCAGAAUCCCAUAAAGAACUACGAGCACUUCUGAGUGAAGCAACCCGCCACGUCGAAAGCCUCCGCUACCUCGAACAGGAAAUGACUGGUGUUUCGGAACACAUGAUUGUGUAUUUGAUUAUCUCAGCGCUUGACAAAUCAACUAGAAAAUCCUGGGAAGGAACCCAAAAGAAAGGUCAACUUCCCAAGUAUAUACAGACCAUCGAAUUUCUAAAGUCCAGGUGCCAGAUCUUGGAAAACUGUGAUGCAGCCUUCCAUACAGUUAACCCUACAGGGCAGAAGCCAAAACAGUUCCAGCAACUUCCGAAGAAUGUUCCACAGAAGAGUCAUACAGUUUCUACCAAUAUGACGCAAGCAUGCGAAAUUUGUGGUGGCGCUCAUCGAAAUAUCCAGUGUACAGCAUUAAACAAUCUGAACCUUUCCCAGAAGAACGAAAGAAUUAGAGCCGCAGGUGUUUGCUUUAACUGCUUGCGUAAAGGGCACCGCUGCAGAGAUUGUCCCUCUGAUAAGUCGUGCCGCAAGUGCCAUCGUCGACAUCAUACGCUGCUCCACGACGAUGGGGCACCUAGCCAAGAUACGAAAACGAAUGUAACCCCUCCCGCGGAGUCAGUGACAAAUCCACCAGCGAUGUUGGCUGCUCCGAUUCUACCCAUGAUGGAGCAGAAGAAUACUCCCACCGUGGACCCACCUGUGUCCACCAUCUGCUCGUCUAACUUCGCCCAGUCGAUAAAGACGGUACUGUUGCUUACCGCAGUGGUGCAUGUAUUCGAUAAGAAGAACCGACGCUUUACAUGCCGCGUCCUAUUGGACAGUGGUUCCCAGGUGAAUUUUGUGACAGAAGAGUUAACCAAUCGCCUGGCCUUGCCGAAAAAACCUGCGAAUGUUCCGAUUACUGGUGUCAACGCCUUGCGCACCCUCGCGCGUAGCAAGGUUACACUGAAGAUUCAGUCCCGAGUAUCUAAUUUUAACGCCAGUCUCGAGUGCCUGGUAACGCCGAAGGUGACAGGUACGAUCCCAUCGUCUAAGAUCAACAUCGAACAUUGGGACCUCCCCUGUGGAGUGGUUCUAGCUGAUCCCGAAUUCCACACGCCAGAUAAGGUGGACUUACUGAUCGGUGCAGAGCUAUUCUUUGACAUAUUGAAGCCGAGUCAGCUCAAUCUGGCGGAUGACCUUCCGCUGUUGCGAGAUACACAUUUUGGAUGGAUCGUGUCUGGUGUUGUCAUCGAACCCCAAAAUGUCAACGUGUCUAUUCAACAAGCCAACCAUGCCACCAUUGACGACAUUCAGCGGAUGAUGCACCAGUUCUGGCAAAUCGAAGAAGUGCCGGACGUCCCCAAACUUUCGACUGAAGAGUUAGCAUGCGAAGCACAUUUUCUUUCCACAUACGAACGAGAUGUUAGCGGAAGAUUCAUCGUUAAGCUACCGUUUAAGGAAAACUUCAACCAACUGAACGAUUGCCGCACUCUAGCUCUUAAGAGAUUUUUGAUGCUAGAAAAGCGACUCAUCCGCAACCCAGAACUACAAGAGCAGUAUGUGGAGUUCCUACAGGAGUAUGAAACCCUUGGACACUGCCACGAGGUCUUUGAAUCCGACGAUCCACCGAACCAACUUGCAUACUACAUGCCCCACCACGCGGUGCUGCGACCGUUAAGCUCGAGUACGAAAUGUCGAGUCGUAUUCGACGCUAGUGCAAAAUCAUCUCUAACCGAGCUGUCCCUAAACGAAGUGCUACAAGUUGGGCCCGUAGUACAAAAUGAUUUGUAUUUCAUCGUUCUGCGCUUCAGAAAAUUUAAAAUAGCGUUUUCUGGAGACGUAUCUAAAAUGUACCGCCAAGUACUUCACGCGAAGCAAGAUCGACGAUUCCUGCGAAUUUUUUGGAGACCUCAUCCAUCACAACCGCUACGGGUUCUGGAAUUGUGUACCGUCACCUAUGGUACUGCAUCGGCACCUUUCCUAGCGACGAGGUGUUUGGUGCAACUGGUAAAAGAAGACGGCGAUGCCUUUCCAAUUGCCGCUCGUAUAGUGAAAGAAGAAACGUAUAUGGACGAUGUACUAUCCGGAGCCGAUUCGGUGGAGGAGGCCAUCGAGGCUCAGCGGCAGCUGAAACAGCUCCUUGAAAAGGGAGGGUUCCCCAUCCAUAAGUGGUGCUCGAAUUCACAACAAUUUCUCGAGCAGAUUCCAGCGGAAGACCGCGAGAAAAAGAUGCCAAUGGAAGAGCUAGGAGUGAACGAAGCUAUUAAGGUGCUCGGUUUGUUUUGGGACCCGAGUGCUGAUAUGCUUUCCAUAGCCAACCAUCCGAAGUCGUCCGCUCCAGCCGACAAACGAGUCACUAAGCGAGUGAUAUAUUCGGAAAUUGCGAAAUUCUUCGACCCUCUUGGGCUUGUUUCACCAGUAAUCGUAUUGGCGAAGCUCUUGGCUCAGCGAUUGUGGCAACUCAAGUCUGGCUGGGAUGAUCCGGUCGACGAAAUGACAGCACAAAGGUGGCAAGAACUGCAAACAUCACUAUCCCAUUUGCAUCAAAUCGCUAUCCCAAGAUGUGUAACAUUCGGCGGAGUAAUUGCGUUUGAACUGCACGGUUUCUCCGAUUCCUCAACGGUGGCAUACGGAGCCUGCGUCUACUUGAGAAGCCUGUUUGCUGAUGGCUCAGUAAAGCUACGACUACUCACCAGCAAAUCGAAACUGGCUCCUCUGCAUGACCUUUCCAUCCCUCGCAAAGAGUUAUGUGCUGCUCUCCUACUCACCCGGUUGCUAGAAAGGGUUCUACCUGCCCUGGACAUGACGUUCCGGGAAAUUGUAUUGUGGUGCGACAGUACGAUUGUCCUGGCUUGGAUAAGAAAGCCACUUAAUCAGUUAGAGUUGUUCGUGCGAAACCGAAUCGCUGUGAUCCAAAAGCAUACGAGUGAUUACAGAUGGGAGUAUAUCCGAUCUCUGCAAAACCCAGCCGACAUUGUUUCCCGCGGGCAGCUACCGGAAGUGCUAAAAAACAGUUACCUCUGGUGGAACGGUCCUGAAUUUCUCCAAACGCUGGACUACGAGUUCGAUUCCCCUGAGGUCGUCCCUGAUGAUCAAUUGCCAGAGCUCAAGGGAAUAAUAGUUACCACAGCUUUAAGUAUUGAACCGUUUCCAUUCUUCUCCAGAUUCAGUAGUUUUCGUACAAUUCAACACAUCAUGGGUUACGUAGUACGAUUCGCCGAAAAUUGCCGGAAACGUCCGCCCCAACGUCAAACAAGUCGACAUUUGACCAUCUGCGAGUUGCGUCGUUCAACAGAAAUCAUCAUACACGUUAUUCAACACAUUCAUUUGGCGGACGAGAUUAAUCGAGUAAUUGCAAAAAAAAACAUGUAA